AACAAAAACAAGUCAUUCUCAUUUGCUUUGUUUAAUUUAAACUCUAAGUUGUAAAAUCUCCAUUUUUUACUGUUUUCCGGAAAUAUUGCGGCAAGAUGUCACUCAAACAAAUGGAACAGCACCUAUUCAAUUUGAAGUUUGCAGCCAAAGACCUAGAAAGAAAUGCAAAGAAGUGUGAAAAAAAUGAAAAGGAAGAAAAAAAUAAAUUAAAAAAGGCCAUACAAAAAGGUGACACAGAGGGGGCCAGGAUUCAUGCAGAGAAUGCAAUUAGGCAGAAGAAUCAGUCACUGAACUACAGAAGGAUGAGUGCUCGAGUAGAUGCCGUAGCCUCCAGAGUUCAAACAGCCGUCACUACAAAACAGGUAACAAACAACAUGUCCGGAGUUGUCAAAUCUAUGGAGUCUGCCAUGAAGUCCAUGAAUCUAGAGAAGAUAUCCCAACUCAUGGACCGGUUUGAGCAGCAAUUUGAAAAUUUGGACGUGCAGUCUCAAGUGAUGGAGGGCACGAUGAACGCGUCCUCCACCCUCACUACACCUCAGGGUCAAGUUGAUGCACUCAUGCAGGAAGUGGCCGACGAAGCUGGUAUCGAGUUGAAUAUGGACCUGCCUCAAGCACAAACAACAUCAGUUGGUGCAGUUAGCCAGGCAUCUCAAGAGCAGGAUGAACUCACACAGAGGCUGGCCAGAUUGAGACAAGCUUAACAGAUAAGCAAGAAGAUGAACAAACGAACAGACGAGCAAACACGGACUGAAGUACAAACAAACAUUCAUACAAACACAUAAACACAACUUUAUACAAAAAGUUCAUACAACAAAUUUAAGCCACAGAUAAACACGCAUGCGUUAGACAUAAAAACAUCAUGCAAGGACAAAAACAUAUACAAAACAAUGUAUUUGUAGAUUAAAAAUACAACAACAUACAAAAACUUUGCACUUAUUUGACACAACAAAUUGACUUUCAAUUAAUUUCUAUUUUCUCUUAUUUUUCAAUCCUCUUACAACUUUCAUUUUUAUAAUAUUCAGUUAUAAUAUGCGCAUAUUUUGUACAACGUGCGUACACGCAUACAAUCAUACGUGUGUGUACAGUGACAUGUAUGUGUGCAUUUUUGUUUGUAUGUAUGUAUGUAUGUAUAUACAUAUAUAUAUAUUUAUGUAUUGAUAUGUGAAUGUAUGUACCCAUGUACGAAUGUAUACAUCAUUAUACACUAGUCCAAAGCAUGUACAUUCAUGUGUAAAAUACAUAUGUGUAUUGAAUAAUAUUUUGGACAUACAUAAGUAUAUAUAUAUUUACAUAUUAAAUGUAUGCACCAUAUAGUUUAGGCUAACUUACUUAGUAUUAUGUCAAAAUCGUCAAUAUCAUGAUACAGUCAUGUCAAUAUCAUGAUAUAGUCAUCAUCGUUGAUUUGGUCAUCAUUUGAUUAUUUUUAUCUUAUACAUUUCGCUAACAUCUCCAUCGUACCUUUAUCAUCAUUGUAUUCAUUCUUCUUAUUAUUAUUGCUAUUUUUAUUAUUCUUAUUAUUAACACUGAAUAAAUGUCCCCUUGUAAAUAA